AUGGAGAUAGAUGAAGAAUUAGCUAAGCAACUGAAGGCUAAGGAAUUGAAAUCUAAAAGAGAGAUGCUUCUCAAAAAUAAAUCUUCAGAGAUCUCGCCUGAAGAAAGGAGUACAUGGCAUGAUGAACAAUUUAGAGUGUCAUCACCUAAAAGAACCAUCUUCUUUAACCCUAAUAGAGAUUCCUAUCAAAAGGUCAACGUCAUCAAGCCCAAAAAUUCCUUCACACCUCCUCCAGACCUUACUAAAGAAAUCUGGGAUAUCCCUGCACCCCCGAAUGGUAUGAAGUUCAAUUUAUGGCCAAGUGUAAUUUAUUCAGUUGAGGUUGAUAUAGACAUUGAAGAGGUGAAGAAAAGAUUCUUCCUGAAAAAAUCAAUUCAAGUUGUCUCUGUAUGGUCAAAGUUCAAGAUUGCUUCAAUUAGCAAAAACUAG